AUGGAAAAGGAAAGACCUAAACCAAAGUCAAGAACCAGACAGAGAAAUGACAUUGGUGCACCUCCAGCUGCUCCAACUUUUGAGGAAUUUGGUAUUGUAAGGCCUGUGCCUCAGAAUCCACGCGCUGAACAAGCUUCUGAAGCUGUUGAGGAAGAGGAAGUGGGGUUAGGAGCAGAAGACGCAGUUGUUGAUGAAGAAGAGUUUCAUGAUGCUGAAGAAGAGAAUGAAGUUAAGGAGGUGGAGGAAAAGGAGAAAAAUAAUGUAAAGCAUAAUGAAGUUGUGGAAAAAGUAAAAGAUGAUAAGGAAAAUGAGAAAAAGAAAUCAAUGUAAGUUGUUAUUACCUUUGAUUGUGCUGUUUUCUAAAUUUAGAUAUAAAAUAUUUGUUUCAAAUCGUGCGAUUUCAAGGAUUAUGUAUAUUUAACUUAUUUUAUAAGAAAACAAGUUUUUUUUAUAGUAAACAUGACGGUCGUUAGUAACUAAUUCUAAAUAACUUUAACUAUUUAAUAAACAUGAAUUUAGCGAAUUAAGCAAAGCAAAAGAAGCAUCACGAGUAUCAAGUUUAAUUGAGCUGCCGUUGGAUGCAUUGUUACCUAAACAUAGUCGAGAAGAGGCAAAACUACCCGCCUAUCCUGAUUUAUCAGCUUUGAAAGCUCCGGAAAUUGAAGUAAAGCCACCAAGUCCAGUAGUCAGAACUAAAAAGAUGUAUCCUGAUCUUCGAGAAAUGACUGCUAAUGGCAUUGCUAGUGCUCCAGCUCGGGAAGAAGUUUUAGUUCGGACUGAAACAGAUCUUAUGCAGGAGUUGGAACUCUUGAGGUACUAUCAGAACGAGGAACUCGAUUCAAUCGAUGAUUUUGUUCAGAAUUUUAAUCAAAAGGAACUCCGACCUCAUAACCUGCUGUUUGAACUUUUGGAACGAUUUAAAACUUCAUGUGAACAGUUAGAACGGGAUUCAGAACUCAAGAACAAGAUGGGAGCACAAUUGGCACAAACGAACAAUGACGUUUGGAAUGUGGUUGAUCACAAAGUGGCACAUUCAGGUAGAUGUGGGUGCGAUAGGAAUGGGCACGGAGAGGCUUAUUAUAAGAAGGCGACUUUAGUACCGGAAAAGUUGGUACAGUUGAAAGGAGAACUGACUGAUCUGACUAGUUUGGAGUUGGGACAAUUCUUCUGUAGCGAAGUUAGGGCACGAUCAUUGGUGUUACAGAUUCAGUGGGUGGUGAUCUAUUUGAAUAACAGGUUCAUGACUGCUCAGCAAUUGAACUUGAACAGCAUUCCUACUUGUAAGUCACAAGUUAAUGUUUUUAUGAUCUUUUACGUUUAUAUUGGAAGAAUAAGAACCUUACGAUGUUUGUGUUAGGGAGAUAAAUGUAAAGAAUGUUAUUAUAUUAAUGAUUUUUGUUUUAGUGAUAUCAACACAACAAGACUACGAACCCCAUAGAAUUGAACUUGUUGGAGCUCUGUCAGACUUGUUUUACUUUCUCAGGUUUCCAAUGCUUCCUAAGAGGUUUAGGGAUUCUGUAACGGGUUGGAUCGUAGAACUGGUAUGUGAUAUUAGUUAAAAAAAGCUUAAAUAUAUAUUUUUUGUAAAGUAAGUGAAAAUUAUUUCCUCGCUUUUAGACUUCAGUACUGUUAAAAGCGAUAACACCAACAAAUCAGAAGUUCAUCGUGUGUCAAUUGCUUCGUUGCCCAUCUCCAAUCGAAGAAUGGGCAGUUCCUUUACUACAGUCAUUCAUUACUGUACCUACUUUGGAGCCAAAAAGAGCAGUCGACUGUUUUCUGGCUAUGUUAACUUUAAUUUUACAACCAGUGGAAAAAAGAAACGAGUUCUUAAGUCAUUUUAAACGAUUUUAUGAAGGUGAAGAUGAAUGGAAUUUGGUCAGCGAAGACGGGGAUACGGUAAUAUCUUUGUAUAUUUACAGCUUUUUUGGGAUGUUUAUAUUUAUUGAAUUGAAGAUAACUUUGGGUAUGAUAGCUUGGUAAUAAGUCAGUUGAUUUCAGGAGAAUUUAAACUUGAUCGACAUGAACGAACUGGAUUUGAUCGCGUUGCUGAGUCAAUUCUCGAUGAGUUCACUGUUUUCGGUGGCUUUGACACACUUUACGUUUGUACAUCGUAUGUUGUUUUAUAUUCUACCUGGGACUGAAAAUUUCUUUAAUUUUGACGGAAGUAUUAUAAGGUGACUUAGUUGUUUUCUUUUGCGUAAAUAAUGUUAUAACUAACUUUUUGUGUAGAAAUUGAUUUUAGAUACAAAUUUUUUAAAACUAUUAGUUCGAUUAAACAUUUUUAGAGGGUAACAAAUACCAGAUAUUACUCUCACUUAUCUCUUUCACUUUGAUGGUCUUAAAGCUUCUUAACCAAGGACUCAAAACCUACACUUUGUUGAAGAAUGUGUGUAAGAAAGUCAGCGAUUACAUAAAGUAAGUCUUUUUUUUGUAAAAUACGACGGAUUGUUUUCAGUUACAAAAAUUUAUGUUUUUUCUUUUUUAACGUAAGCUUAUAAGUGUGUGGUGAAAUAACUAUAGUUGUUUUAUAGGAAGAUGACGCAGUUAUUGUCGAGUUACUGGACGUUGUCAAAGGACGAACUUUCUAAAUCAGUGCAAGCACAAGUUCAAAACGAGAUCAACCGGGUAGUUUUGAUAGCAAUAAACCAUAUUGUCACGAAGAAAAGGUAAGAAUUAUAUUUUCUAUCCUUUUUAUGGCACGGUGCUAUAAAAACUUUAAAAAUAGUUUUGUUUGUAUUUUACAUUUUUUAAUAACUCAACAUGUUGUAAUGUCAUCUUGUUUUAGCGUUGGCUUAUGGCAAUAUCUGGUCGAUUUUCCAUACAUUGCACUAACAGAAAAGGCAAGAUUAAGGGUGAUCUUGAUGAUAAAGUCGCCAAAAGUCUACAAUUUUGAAAAGGUUUUUGAAAUUGAAGACUGUAAACUCAAGGAGGAAGUGUCAAGUAAGUAAAUCUUAUUAUGUUUUUUUGAAAGUGGCAUUUAGUAUUAAAAAAUAAUCACAAAAAAUAGCUAGAAAAUCAAGAAAACUUGGGAUUUGAACAUGAUGUGUACCAAUUUAUGUAAAGACUUGUUCCUUUAAAAUAAAAAAUUUCUAGAAGGAAAGUUUCUGGAGAAUCUAGAUCAAUAUGAAGAAGACGCUACAUACGGCAUUCUCAUUUUGGCUAGUGUUGUCGCAGUUUGUUCAAAGUUUGAAACCCGGACCUUUACCGACGAACUGAUCGACACGUGCUUUUUGGACGAGUUUUCUCGAGAAAAAUACUACAAAGCCGGCUCGGAAGCGAUGUCGGUGUUAAUCGAAAAGAAACCUGAGUUGCUACCUUCAAUUAUCAAGUUUAUCGACCGGCAGAUCGAUCAUCUAGACGAAUAUGCGGUCGAUAUUUUGACGAAUGCAUCUUUAAAGAAGUGCAAAGUCAGUUCGGACGAAAUUGGAUCGGUUUUGGGGAAAUGGCUGAUCAACCGACCGGUAAAUCACCCAGCAUCGAUGAUUGCUCGUAGAGUUUUGUCUUCUCUGGACUGGAGUGGAGAGCCAAACUUUUUAGGCCAAGAAGCGCACGAAGUCUGCGCGGAUACUGUGGUAAAAGCACAUAUUGUACACUGUAAAAACAGAAAUUCUUUGAUAUCAAAGUCGGUUUCAAAAGCCGCUAAAAUGGCAUUAAAGUGUCCGGAUUUGGAACAGAAUUUUGACAAGUUUUGUUGGGAUACUCUGCUCAAGUUGAAGAUUCAAGUUAAGGUAGGGUUUGAGAAUUUGCAAGAUUUAAUUGUUAAAUUUUUUAAUUUAAUGUUUGAUAUUGUAUCUAACUGUUGUAUGUUUUGUUUAUAUUUAAGCUGUUUCAUGACUUUAUUUUAGCCAUCUGUGAAUGCACCAACUUCGGACUUAUCAGCCUUUUACAUUUAUCUAAUGCAAAAGGGAAUUUCAACGUAAGUUUUUUAUUUUAUAUAAUAAAGAGUUGGAAGUACAAUAUUGUCAGUUAGUAAAACAAUAUUUUUUAUGGUCAAAAUCUAGUUUUUUCUUCGACCUUUAUUAACUUUUACGCUGAUUUAUAUGUAAUUUAGGCCAGAGAUCUUUAUGGAAAGCGGCCUAAACUACUGGUUGGAACUAAUCAACUCCGGAUCGUUUAAUGCAGCUGUUGUAGUGUUGGCAAAGUUAGUACGCAGUAGCUACGGAAGAAUGUCUUAUUUCACUGCGAAUAAUAGGUAGGCUUAUGAUAAGGUGUAAAGAACUAAAAAUUCUAAAUUACGAUUAUAAAAUCACUUUGCAUUUAUUUUUACAGUGGUUGUAAUACUUGUAAUUGAUAGUUUUUAUUGAUAUGAAUUGAAUUGAAUUUUCGUUUGACAUAAGACUACAUUUUGUUGUUGUUUACCUUUUUUACGUUAUGUUAUUGUAGCUUUCGGGACGGAUUCGAACGCCUUCUACGAGCAGAUGAAUCGAAUUUUGCCGUUCAGUUUCUAAUGGGGGCUGACAAAUUUCCGGGGCCAGUACUACGGUUAUUGGGAUCUGCGAUUGCGGUAAGUUAAUUAAAUUGAAGAAGGCUUUAAAUUUAUUUUUGAUAUUUUUUCACGGGAAAUUUGAAUUCAUUCUUCUUCGAUUGUAGGUUUCUGGUUUCUCAUUAAAAUUUUUUUGGUUAUAUAUAUAAUAGUAACAAUUACAACAGCUUCUCAGAAUUAUAUUUGAUGUUUUGUAGAGCCAUUUGAACGAAAUAACCGAUCCUCAAGAAAUGACUACGAAAUCUGAUGGGUGGUUCAUAUUGAUGGCUUCGAAGAAGUCGAUCGAAUGGAACGAAGACAAGAGUUUACUGUACUUAUUGGGCAUUAUGGCUAGAAUGUAUUUCUCUAACACAUCUUUACAAUCUCAAGGACUUGUCGAUCGAUUUGUUGGGCUUUAUAAGGUAUGAAUGUUGUAGAAUUUUAACUAAAAAACUAUUUUAUUAGAGGAAAAUUCGUUUUUUUAAAUAUUUAAGUUUGAAAAUAUAGAAAACAUUGUUUGUUGUUGCUUAAAUGAUAAUUUUCAGUCACUGUACAACUACUGGAAAGACGCCCCAAAAGGUAUGUUGGGAUGGUUCUCAACUCAAGUGCCUCCACCCUUAAUAUCGACUGCUCAGAUGAAUGUAUCUCCUUGGUUGACUUACUUUCUUCUACGAGCGGAGCCUAUCAUUUACUCACAGUUUUACACAGUAUUAUAUCAGAAUAUGGGGAAACAUCCAACACGAUCCAUCGAGGAGAGUGUUAAGGUAUGUAACUCAUUUAUCAUAUGAUUGUAGACUUUUUGCUUUGUAGUUUUAUGUUUAACUUUUUCGUGAAUAAUAUAAUAAGAAAGAGAUUUAUAGAAUUUAAAAGUUUGUAAUAUUUUAGUUGAAUAUUAAUGUUUUAGAGAGCUCAAUCCAAGUCGAAUAUAAUGCUUGGCGUGGAUCGGCUAUCUUACUAUAGAUGGUUGGAGUUUUGUAAUACACCUGAGGCUAUUCAAAGCGCUGUGUACCCUCUGGCUUUACAACAAUUGUGUAUUUGCUUGUUUCGACGGGAAAUGUAUGAAAGGUAUGUUAUAAUUUUGAAAAAUAAUUUUAAAAGCAAAAAAAAAAUUUAGAAUAGUUUAUAAGAUUGUGCAAAUAAUAGUAAUUUUGUUGCAAAAGCUAAAACGAAUAUUUUUAGGAAAAAGUUUUGUCCAGGAGCUCGUCUUCUGUCUUCAACAACAUCGAAACACUUGUUCAACCAGUUGAGAGAGACUUCCUUACCUCAGGCGGAGAAAGAUGCUGUUAACGACCGGUUGGCAGCGUUUAUCAAAGCUGUCAGUCAAUGGAUUUUCAACAAAGAAGUCUACAAUCCCAGCUUCGAGAACUUUAAUGAUUUGCCAAUGGAUUAUCUGGUUCAAAUGAUCACUUCGAAUGACAAUGUAAGUUAAUAUCGUGGAACGUUGUAAUCUAAAUAAGAUUUUUGAAUAUUUUUUCCUUGUUGUAUUUUGUUUUGUGCUUAGGUUUUGAAAAAUGAAAUAUUUUAGCACAUUUGGGCCGAAUUCAUUAGGCAAUCCGAAAUGAGCAAAGUCAUCGAAUCAGAAGGAAAAGUAAGUUAACAUAAGCUCUAUACUAUUAAAAAUAUAUUUAAAUUAAAUAAUUAAAACAAAAGAUGAAACUUAAUGUUAUUGAAUGUCAUUUAUCAAAUUAAAAGUAUUGUUUUUAGUUCUACAAUCAUUUGUGUUACCUAAAACAGUCAAAUUCAAAAACUAACUUGGAACAAGGAUAUAGUCUACCAACCGAUAUGACUCAAUUCUUUGCUCAAAUCGACUUAACUUCAGCUGCCAGAAUGUGUCUCCCAUUCCCAAAAGUAUUAUCACAUCCUAGCUUAACAUCAGCAGAUAACCCAAAUAGACAAACUUGUGAAAACUCACCUGUUAUCUUGGCUAGAUUUCAAAAUUACUUGGAUCAGUUGACUAGUAUGGCACGGUAAGAGCAAAACAUUGAUUUUAAAAACCUAAAAUGUGUUUGAAAGUUACUAAAAGUUAAUUUUCAGUGACUUCUUGGCUUGUAAAGAGACGGUAGAGAAGUUGAACACAGAUUAUGCAGUUCAUUUCCAAAAACUCUACUACAAACGUCGAACUAGCCUAGCAGUAACUCUUCGAUGUGGAAGCAUCUUGUCAUCAAAAUGUCAAAAACCAGCCCAGCGAAGUGUACCAGUAACUGAAAGUGUUUAUGACAACACAAUUGCUGUCAGUAUGAACGAGAAUCGCCAGGAUCGGGAAAAUAAAAUUGGAGAUUUGUUGGGGAAACUAGACUCCAUGGCUGUCAAUUCAGCUCAACUCGAGCACCUGUGCUUUGUUUUGUUAACGUAUGCGAAGGAAAGUGCGGUACCUAAUAUGUAUGGCAAUGGAAUUGGAUUUGCUUCGAAAGGAACAGACCUCUUGAAACGAACUGGCAUAAACUUGUUCUACAGAUUGUGUAACAACGUCACGGCUGAACAGAUAUUGUUUCCAGCUCUGAUGUCAGCUUUCGAGAAUUGUUGUCAAAUCUUGGGACAGGUAAGACUUAAAUUUGUCUGAUUUAAGUUUGAAUUUUAACAAAAGUUAUUCUGUAAGAUUUAAUUCAUCUAAAAUUAAUUAAUAAUUUUUUUUUUGCUUUGAAGGGCGGUAUUGUAAAAAAUAAAUUUUUCAGGCAUUCUUAUUCGAAAAUCCUCAUGAACAACUCAACAUUCUACGUACUGUUCUCUCAGCCAACCCACUUAACGUCUACAUCAUUCCUCACUUUUCUCCUCACUGUGUCAGUGCCACCGAACUCAUUCGAAUCUACAAUGAAUUAUCGACUGCAGUCAGAGCUCCAUCUACAGCAGAGUCUGGCUUGUCAUUGCUUCAGAGAUUGGAUUUCGAAAAAGCCGGAAGGUUAUUGCCACCAGACCAAUUCAGUGCCUUAAUGCCAGUUAUUUUUGAAAAUUUGAUAUCCGUGACGGCAUCAACUCCUCUACACUCACUUUGUAUCGAACACUUCAAGUGCACCAUGUUUCAUCAGUUCCCAGUUAAUGUAUCCAAAGGGCUGAAGUUGUUGUUAAGUGGAGUCGACUCUCAAGCUGUACCAGAAUCUAUGUUAUACACUUUGUCUGACAAGCUCAACAUUCAAUCGUAUCUCAACAGAACCAAAGAUAAUGUUGUAGUAGAUCAAAAAUCUGUGUGCACAUAUGAAUUGGCUGUGGAAUGUAUCAAGAUCAUAUCGGAUCAAUUGAUAAAAAGUCGACAAGAGCUGACAACUAAACUAUACUCAAUAUGGAGCAAUCAUCUGGCUAUGAUAACUCAGUUUACAGAGUAUUUUACUAAAAACAUCGUAUGUCAACAGUUUAGAUACGACGCUCCACCAUCGGUCAUGGAGAAGGAGCUACGUGACGUGUUCAUGAUGAUUCUCAAGGUCUACACACCGCUUUUGGAACCAGUAGCACCAAGUGGACUACCACCUUUCAAUCCGUCUGACUCCCAGAUUGCUGAUUUGUCAGUAGUGCAACCGUUUAUCAAUCUACUGAUUUGGUUACCCUACUCGACGUAUCUACCACCAGGGUCGGAAACCGUGGAAAGUUUGGUUUGGCAAUUCUUUUCAAACAAAUUGAGUCAGCUUCAGAGGGCUGGAACGGCUCAUGUCUUUGCGGUUUAUGUCAGUAGAUAUUCAAGUUUAUUUUAUUUAGUAAUUAUUAUUGGUUUACGUAUUAUAUAGCUAUUGAAGAAUCAUUUUAAAAGUUAUUUUUUAAAAAGAAUUUGUAUUUAUAAUAAAUAUUUUUCAGGAAAAACGAUUUGUCAGUCUAAACUGGGCCAGGUUUUGGCCGACUUUAAUGGAUUUGUCGACCAUCGAAAAGGUUUGUACAGACGGAUCUCCAGAAGCCAUCACCUUGAUCACGGAUAUUAUGGUGCGGAUUCAAUGGAUUCAGCUGAUUCAAGGACAAAUGAAUCAGCCAUUGGAAGCUCACCGUGCAUUCCAUUCCUUGUUGUUGAAUAUAUUGGCUAGAUGCGCUUAUCGACAGCAAAAUUAUGCGGUAAGGGCUUUAGCAAGAAUGUAGUAAUUCGUUUAAGGCAAUUAAGUUAUUUACCGUAUGUUGCGCAAAAAUUAAAUGAUUACUGUAAUUGUUUACAAUAGUGAGAUGGAAAGGUCAGGCAAUAACUUGGUUUUAAAAAAUAUUAUAUAUAUUUUAGAAAUCACGAGCUUCAGUCGAAAAAUUACUACGUGACUUUUUGUCGUUGGGACAUUGGUCAUUGGUAAAGGUGGAAUCGGUCGAAAAGACAUCUAACUUCAUUGCUACAUCGUUUCCAAUUGAUUCGUUAAGCAGCAGCAAUGAUAUUAUCAAUGCUUUUAACAAGUGAGUGGUUUUACAUAAUAUGGUUGUUUAAUUUCGAGUAAUUUAUUACCUAAUUUAUAAGAAGCUUUUCAGUUUGAUAAUUUAACAUUAUAUAAUGAUAUUGUGUUUUUUGUAUGUUGAUCUUUAUACUAAAGGCUUUAAUCUAUGCCUAUUUAUAAUGUUUUAGUAUCUGGAAAGAAGUCUGCUUCUUCUCAACCGCUCAAAUCCGCCAAACUAUUGACCCAACCUCUUCGAAACUUGACAUAAUAUCGAAAAAACAGAGUUUAUACGUCAAGGCUGAUCUUCAACUUUUACUACGAUCAAAACUGUCGGAAGCUGAUCAAUGCCGCUACUACAAACAGCUGCUUGACAAGGUCUGCCUUCUAAUUGGCGCUUCAGAGGACUACAAACAACAAGCUGACGUAGCCAGAGAACUGAUCUCAUUCUGGCCUCAAGUCACAAAACCAAAAGUUUUGGAGGCUUACUAUCAAACAUUGAUACAGUGGCUAGAAGAUCACCCAGAUGCUACCCUAUUACUGUUGAUUCUGACUUCUACUACAAGUGCUUUGGAAAAGUCAUCACCACAAUUGUGCUUGAGGCUGUUGGAUUACAGUGUUAAGAUUUAUUUCAAAAGUAAGAUUAUUGAUUUCGUGUUUUAUAUAACUGAAAAAAUAGGUUUAUUGUUGUUGGUGUUGUUUUGUAUCACUCAAAAGAUAUUGUAAUUGACGUUUUAUGAAAUUUUUAAAUAGUAUUUUUUAUGAUUUUUAAUCUAUCUAUUUUCUAGGACGUCUAUCAUGCAGCUGGGAUGAAGUAAGCAGCUUAAUAACCCUUUCCAACUCGUUGAAAGAAUGGUUAUACACCACACCCAGUCAUGAAUCAGGCAACGAGCCCCGUUUCCUUGUCAUUCACCUGAAUAUUCUUCAAGAAUCUGCGAAAGCUUCAUUGCCAGAUAAUCAACGACUAGUGAAGCGGUUAGCUGACUACUUUAACAACCUAAAGCCAAAGUAUGUCAACUACGAAGUCGGGUUUACGCUAUGUAUUGACAAAUGGCUGAAGCUGGUGAUACGACAAUAUUCUAAUGGAUUGAGUAUGAACAAAGCGAACAAUGACAUGGACAUGUUGAUGGAGUUUUUGAAAAAGACGUAUACGGAAGAGAAGGGAGUGUCAUUGUUUAAUGUCAUGGCCAUUUUUGGGAAAAAGUCUGCUUUUCCACCUAGGUGAGGAAGAUACUACUUUUUAGAAAAAAUGAUUUAGAUCUGAUUAAGUUAUUGAUGUUUAUCAUUCAAAAAUCCUAGAAAAUUCAAUAUUUUCAGAAUCCAACUCAUCUGCCAGUUGCUGAACCUAUAUCUAACUCAACAACUGUCAGCUCCAGGACAGUCUCCUCGGCUUCAGUCUACUCAACCGGUCUUGAAUUCUCGACAGACGGCGUUCAAAGAUGUUAGGAAAGAAGCGACGAAGCAAUUCACAGAGAUAAACAACAUCGAAGCACUGUUUCAACAACUAUACCCGUACUUUCACCAGACGAACGCAUUUACUUUAUUGCAAGCAGGUGACAUGAUGAACAUUAUCAUCAAGUUCAUUUACCCCAGUAAUCACAAAAUGGUCAAGAAUGUGGAGUAA